AUGGUCGAGUCCUCCUCAGUUGGGGGAGCGUCGCUCCCUUCAGGUCCUGAUGGGAGAAAACGCCGUGUGUCGUACUUCUACGAACCCUCAAUCGGCGACUACUAUUACGGCCAAGGUCACCCAAUGAAACCCCAUCGCAUCCGCAUGGCCCACAACCUCAUCGUGCAUUACUCCCUUCACCGUCGCAUGGAGAUCGUCCGUCCGUUUCCCGCUGGCCCAGAAGACAUCCGACGGUUCCACUCCGACGAUUAUGUAGACUUUCUAGCUUCUGUCACUCCGGAUACCCUUCAUGACCACACUCAUGCUCGCCACCUCAAGCGGUUCAACGUUGGAGAGGAUUGCCCAGUCUUUGAUGGUAUUUUUGAGUUUUGCCAAGCGUCUUCAGGUGGAUCCAUCGGAGCCGCUGUUAAGCUUAACCGGCAAGACGCCGACAUUGCGAUAAAUUGGGCCGGAGGGUUACAUCACGCGAAGAAAUCCGAAGCUUCAGGGUUUUGUUAUGUUAAUGAUAUUGUUUUGGGUAUUCUUGAGCUUCUUAAAGUCCACAGGCGUGUGCUAUAUGUAGAUAUUGACAUCCACCAUGGAGACGGGGUUGAAGAAGCUUUCUUCACCACUGACAGAGUGAUGACAGUCUCAUUUCAUAAAUUUGGGGACUUUUUCCCUGGAACUGGACACAUCAAAGACAUUGGUGCACACCAGGGAAAGUACUACGCCCUAAAUGUACCUUUGAAUGAUGGAAUGGAUGAUGAUAGCUUUCGUGGUCUAUUUAGACCAAUUCUUCACAAAGUUAUGGAGGUUUAUCAGCCUGAUGCAGUGGUUCUUCAAUGUGGGGCAGAUUCAUUGGCUGGUGAUAGAUUAGGGUGCUUCAAUUUGUCAGUGAAAGGUCAUGCAGAUUGUCUCAGGUAUCUUAGAUCUUUCAAUGUUCCUCUCAUGGUUUUAGGAGGUGGUGGUUAUACAAUCCGCAAUGUGGCCCGAUGUUGGUGUUAUGAGACAGCAGUUGCUGUUGGCGUUGAACCUGAAAAUAAGCUGCCUUACAAUGAGUAUUAUGAGUAUUUUGGACCUGAUUACACGCUUCAUGUUGAGCCAAGUCCUCUUGACAAUCAAAACACUCCUAAAGAUUUGGAGAAAAUAAGGAACAUGCUGCUGGAGCAACUAUCAAGGUUACCACAUUCUCCUAGUGUCCCGUUUCAGACAACGCCACCUGUCACAGAAGUCCCUGAAGAGCCAGAAGAGCCCAUGGAGAAACGGGCAAAGCCACGCAUAUGGAGUGGUCAGGAAUACGAUUCAGAUGUUGAUGAAGAAGAAAAGCCUCGGCGUCAAAGCUUCAAUGCAAAUCAUAUCAAUCCAAGGGAUCAUGCAAGGGGAAACAUAAAAGAUGAAGAUAUGUCGGAUAGGGAUGCUCCCUCAUGAGUUGUUUUCUGCAACAACAAAAACUAUGAAGUUGCUAUUAGAUUGCUUUCAAGUAGAAAAAAAACUUAGAAGAGUAAUAGUCAAAAUGCUUACUUUUUUGUAAAUUGUUGGUUUAAUUGUAUGAGAAUGGCAUACAUGGAUGAAUUUACUGUUUUAGACUGCUUUUGUUCUUCCAAGUUUAUGUUUUAUAGUUGUGGAUCUUAGCUCUCAAAAAUGUGC